CGCCUCCGCAUCCACAGCUGAUGAUGGCCAGCCCUUUAACGUUAGCUGCCAACGCUACGGAACUUAGCGAGCGGCUAGCGGUGUAGCGCCGUUAAAAUGUGUAAGGGGUUUUAGCUAACCGUCAUAAUAUGAAUGUGCCGUUUUAGAUUUCCGCAAAGGUGUGUUGUGUAAUAUAGACGGGUCAUGUAAAUGUGUCCCUUUCACUUCACCGGCGUUUGAAUCGCACGCUUAGUUCACGACUAGUCACGUCAGCUAACUUGUGUCGUUUGACAGUAGAAUCAGGAGUGUCCACUUAGCCGGCUAACAGCUAGCUUUAGCGGGUUAGCUACCACACAACGAAGCAAGCUAGUUAGCUGCCUGUUUUGUGAACUACUUUGGUCUGGGUUGCAUGCGUUUGAAUGCUGUUGUUUUCAUGUGGUAGCAACCUGUGCUUGCCCGGGACGACAGCUGGACCUGAAUCUUGUCUAUGAUGUUCAGAGGUUUCCUCGUUGUAUCACCUGACCCCUCCUGAUAGAUUUAAUUAGCCAUAUUUUUCCUCCCAAAUCCAAACCCACAUCUCUGCUUGGCAACAGUAUGAUCAUUUACACUGACCCCACCCAGCCCACUGGGGCAAGAGUCCCCCAAAACCAAGCUCUCCAAAUGAUAUGAUAGUAGCCGCCUGGAUCACUUUUUGUGCCUGCAGGAGCCUUGCAAGGGUUCUGCUCUUCCUUUCCUCCUCAAACUCCCUUCCUUCAUUCUGGGAGACCCUUGCCAGCGUGGUCUCCGGCACUGGAACCAUGGGUAACAGCUGUGUGUGCCGAGAGGAUAGUGACUUGGAGGACCAUCACCAUGGGUCGUCAAGGUCGACUCGAGGACAAGCUAGGCGGGUCGAUCAUGGUACAGGUGUAGGUGCUGAUGCUGGAGAGGCUCGGAGCAGUCGGCCCAGGGACCCAGUCAGACCGCCACGCAGAGGACGAGGGCCCCACGAGCCACGACGGAAGAAGCAGAAUGUGGAUGGCCUGGUGCUGGACACACUGGCUGUCAUCAGGACACUUGUAGACAAUGACCAAGAGCCCCCUUACUCCAUGAUCACUUUGCAUGAGAUGGCAGAGACAGAUGAUGGUUGGCUGGAGGUCGUCCAGUCCCUGAUUCGAGUGAUCCCAUUGGACGAUCCGCUUGGCCCUGCAGUGAUCACUCUUCUACUGGAUGAGUGUCCCCUGCCAACCAAGGAUGCUCUCCAGAAACUCUCUGACAUGUUGAGCCUGAGUUCGGCUGUAGCACAACAGGACGCUCUAAACCCUGCUAAACACAGAAACACCACAGCUGUCCUCGGAUGUCUGGCAGAGAAACUUGCCGGACCAGCCAGUAUUGGACUACUGAGCCCUGGAACCCUCGAGUACCUUCUAGAGAGCCUGAGUUCUGAGGCCCACCCUACUGUCAUGCUGUUUGCUCUCAUCGCUUUGGAGAAGUUCUCUCAGACCAGUGAGAACAAACUGACGGUGUCCGAGUCAUGUAUCAGCAAUCGACUCGCUGUCCUGGAGUCAUGGGCAGAGCAUCCUGACUACCUGAAGAGGCAGGUUGGGUUCUGCUCACAGUGGAGCCUUGACAACCUGUUCCUUAAGGAUGGUCGUCAGUUCACCUAUGAGAAGGUCAACCUCACUAAUAUCAACGCCAUGCUCAACAGCAACGAUGUCAGCGAGUACCUCAAGAUUUCCCCCACUGGACUAGAGGCACGAUGUGAUGCCUCAUCCUUUGAGAGCGUGCGUUGUACAUUCUGUGUGGAUUCAGGCGUGUGGUACUAUGAGGUGACGGUCAUUACAUCAGGCGUGAUGCAAAUUGGAUGGGCCACCAAGGACAGCAAGUUCCUCAACCAUGAGGGUUAUGGAAUAGGAGAUGAUGAAUACUCAUGUGCGUAUGAUGGCUGCAGGCAGCUCAUCUGGUACAACGCUCGCAGUAAACCUCACUCUCACCCCUGCUGGAAAGAGGGAGAUGCCAUUGGCUUCCUGUUGGACCUCAGCAAGAAGCAGAUGAUCUUCUAUCUGAAUGGACAUCAGCUGCCACCAGAGAAACAAGUUUUCUCAUCGGCCACGUCGGGUUUCUUCGCUGCAGCCAGCUUUAUGUCGUACCAGCAGUGUGAGUUUAACUUUGGGGCCAAGCCUUUCCGUCACCCACCUUCUGUCAAGUUCAGCACCUUCAACGACUUUGCUUCACUGCUCCCCAGUGAAAAGAUCAUCCUACCCAGACACCGGCGUCUGGCCCUACUAAAGCAGGUUAGCAUCCGAGACAACUGCUGCACGCUGUGUUGUGACGUCAUGGCUGACACGGAGCUGCGGCCCUGUGGACAUGGUGGUAUGUGUAUGGAGUGUGCCUUACAGUUAGAGACGUGCCCCCUGUGCCGCCAGGACAUCCAGACCAGAGUCAGACUCAUUGCACAUGUCUCCUGACACACUUCCUGCCCCUCCUUCAGUAAGGAGAGACACGCAAGCCCUACAGCCCUCUCCUCCUCCUCUAGUCCCCUCUCACCCAUCAGGGCUGUGAGGACAGUGCCACAAUGCUGUGAUGAUGCCAGAACUGUGAGUUCUGGUCAGAGGAGACAACGAUGGAGGGGUGGAGAGAAGAAAGAGAGGAAAUGAGAGGAGGGGAAUCAAACCACAGCUGGAUCCCCAGGAGCAUUCCUUCAUUUACCUGUAUCUCCUCUUUUGUAUCCUUCUGACAACUCACUGCAGAAGCUGGGCCAAGAAUCAUCAACUUUCUACAGACAGUGUGUUUUUCAGACAAAAAGAGCAGACAUGGGGAGCAGGAACAAUUUUACCAGGUUACAGACAGAUUUUACUUCUCAUCUGCAAGCCCCUGCUAUAGAGUUAUCAGACAUCCUUUCAAAUACGAGGAUUCCGCUGCGCUUCAGCCCAGAGGCUACUACUAUUUAAUCCCAUCACAGUCAUGCACAUGUCUGCAGUUCUGAAAGGGCUGGGUGGUUGAGAAGAACACAGCCUGUAGUACAGUAUUAAACCCAAGGUACAGAUAAAUUUGAGAUGUAUCACACUGUCAUGUUUUUGGGUAUAGGUAUGCAAAUUGUGUUGUUCUUGAGGUAGCAUUUUCUUUCUAUUUUCUCAAGUCUGUACCAAAACCUAUCCUUUGAUCAGCUUCAUUGUCUGUACUGAUUGAUCGCCCAGCAGUAGGGUUUGCCAUCAGAAAAAGAUGACAGAGUUUGCUCUUGUUGCAGGAUUAUUCCUAAGACUGAAUUUUCUGAAUUGAUUUACAAAAGAUGUUAAAAAUCUAAUCAGAUGUUAUACAAGAGAGAACGUAAAUGACAUAAUUCUCGUUUUACAACCAGUAAAAGAAAAAAAAAAAAACAUACUUGAAUCUGUAUUAGGACUAACUGAUUUACAGCAUGGCUGACCCUGCUGCUUUAUGUGCUUUAUUGUCUUUGCUCAGAUGUUGAUCUUUCCUCAGUGUCAAUCGUGUAUGAUACAUCCAUAACAAAUAAAUACACAGGGAUUCAAAUUUAUAAAAAAGUAAUCUGUAAAUGAAAUGGCAUACCCCACCCAAAUUAUAAGUAUGUAUGUUUGAGAAGCCAGUGAGGGGGAAAUAUACAAUUGAAUUUCCACCACCUCUCUCUGAAUUUAUAUUGGAUUGCUUGAUUGCAGCAGUAUAAUUAAGUCUUAAUUUGUAUUUGUGAUUCCAAACACAUGCGUCUGUAUUAAGACGACUAUUUUCAAUCCGCAAGAUGUGAUUUAAUUUUGUAUCGUAUGUGAUGGUGAACACUGAUCUAGAAACUGAGAAGUACAACCGGCUUUGUUGAUUUGACACAGUUUUAUCAGCUGAUCAGUAAAUCCUUUUAAAAGCAAAUGUGAAAUGGUAAAGUGAUUUGUCUUUCCUCAGUAUCAGUUUACUAAAUAUCCCAGGGUCAUUCUUAAGAUGAUGCCAUUUUGGGUCUGAUAUGGCAGUAAAAUACUUGACAUUAAUGAGCAAAAGAAACUACCCACAGCACAAUGACUGUGGGAUUCAGUUACAUCAUUUGCUACAAAUCACUCCUGUUGAGAUUUCUUGCUUACAGGAUUGAUCUUGUCAAAACAAGUCUGACAGAUUGGAGGUAUAUCUUCCAGGUGACUGGUUCAGACUGAGCAAUGUGGUGUCCCUCUGUGCUUUAUAUAACACAGCACAUCUCUCCGCUCUCUUUUCUCCAUUUUUCCAUCUCUCUGCCUAUGUCUUCAGCCUCAUGUUUUCCAUCUGUUUUUCUGUCUAUCCUUUACUUGAAGCAUUUCUGGGUUGACUGAAUGAUAUUUGUCUUUUGGAAACAGGUGACGAAAUGAACAUACGAGAGAUUGCAAUUCAAGAAAAAUACUAUUUGUGCAAUUUAAAAAAAAAAAAAUCAUUAACAUUUCAAAAUAAAAUGUUGAAUUAUUUUGGUCAGAUUGUUUACGAUAGAGUUCCUACUCCACCAAAUCGCAUGAACAUGCUCUGUAAAAUCAUUCAGACUAUACUAGAAUGAUUUAUCAAAGAUAACACGCAUCUCUCAGUAUGACAAAUGACUGGUCUAUUCCCUGUUUGCUACCUUGUAUUUCCUGGAGCACCUUAUACAUGCAGUUGAGAGAAAUGAUAUGUUGUCCCUACAGUUGGAGAUUAACUUCAGGAUUGUAAAGAAUAAGUUGUGAGCUGUAUUUAAAACAUCUAUAAAGGAAUUUUGCCCCCCAGAGUUCCCAAAGAUGUGAUUUAUUGAGAAAUUGUUGUUUCCUGGAUUGUGAUAUUUGUAAUAAAUGUAUGUUCAUGUGAUAA